UAGGAGAAGUUUGGCAUUCGAUUCUGGAGACGGAGAGGUGGUGACUGUGGGUUCUGUAUUGUUUUGUGGACUGUCAGACAAUAAUAGUCUUUUACAUCUUGGACAGACGGAGAUAAGCCUUUCUCGCGUGCUCGUGUUUUUGAGAGCUUCUUUCACAAAGGGAAAUGAGCUUUUUGUUCGGAAGUCGCUCGUCAAAGACGUUCAAGCCGAAGAAGAACAUUCCGGAAGGGUCGCACCAGUACGAGCUGCUGAAGCAUGCGGAGGCCACGCUGGGGAGCGGGAACCUGCGCAUGGCCGUCAUGCUGCCCGACGGCGAGGACCUCAACGAGUGGGUGGCCGUCAACACUGUAGAUUUCUUCAACCAGAUCAACAUGCUUUACGGGACCAUCACCGACUUCUGCACGGAGGAGAGCUGUCCCCUCAUGUCCGCCGGGCCCAAGUAUGAGUACCAUUGGGCUGAUGGGACCAAUAUAAAAAAGCCAAUCAAAUGCUCUGCGCCCAAGUAUAUUGAUUACCUAAUGACCUGGGUGCAGGAUCAGCUCGAUGAUGAAACGCUGUUCCCUUCGAAAAUAGGUGUCCCCUUUCCGAAGAACUUCAUGUCGGUGGCAAAGACCAUCCUCAAACGUCUUUUCCGGGUGUACGCCCACAUUUACCACCAACACUUUGACGCCGUCAUCCAGCUUCAGGAAGAGGCCCACCUGAACACGUCUUUCAAGCACUUUAUCUUUUUUGUUCAGGAAUUUAAUCUGAUAGACAGAAAAGAACUGGCGCCGCUGCAGGAGCUGAUCGAGAAGCUGACGUCCAAGGACAGAUAAACGGAGGGGACGGAAUCUCUCCUCGCCCAACGCCACGCAGCCGAUCUCCUCCAGUCUCCCCCACCCCCGUGUUUUCUACGACCCGGCUUCGUUCUAUGUGCUACACUGCGUGCUAACGUUUUAGGGGAAUGUCUCUUAGAGUCAUGGGGAUGUAAGGCACUCUCUGAUGCUUAGCUGGGUGUUGGCAGGUCUCGCUUCAGGCAUGCGACUUUAAGCUCGGUUCCACAGUGGCGAGCGAAUGCUUUAUUUUUUAAGAGUUGUCCCACUGGUGCCCUAGCCCCCCUCUCUGAGCCCCUGACCUUUUUUCAAGUGCCUAAGAAAGUUCACCGUCAGACGCCAAGCAAUCGUAACAGUCCCUCAGAUUUAUAACGCAACCAGCCCCAACUUCAGUGUGAAGAAGGGAACAACAGUGAAAUGUACGGUCUCCUUUUAUAGGUAUGGUUUUGUGUGCAGCAUUCAGAUGUUUUCAUCCCUAGAAAACUAAUCAGAAGUUUGAAAACCUUUCUCAAUUAAAGCAAAAAAAAACCAAGGUCCCUCCAGUAACCUAAUUCCAGAAUUGUUUUAAUACCUAGGGAAUGUUUAUUUUCUCCGUGUUCUAGAAAUGAUGUGAAUCGAAUGGAGUCUGAGAUUUUGCAGAAGAUGACAGUUCAGCGUAGUCUCAUAAAUGAACCCCUUUCUGCAGACCAUACCAGGCUUUUAUGUACAUGUUUAGAUUUUGUAUGUGCAUUAAUGUUUGAUUUUACUUUCCUGUGCGCCAUCUGCCAUACGUACCUCAUAUAAUGUUUUUCUUGAGAAAUAACUCUAAGCACAUGUUCACCAGAAUCUGUUCCUACUGACUGCAAAAACGAUAGAUUUUGAUGACUGCAAUGCGCUUAAAAUGCUAAUUUUAUAAUCCGCACCUUUUACUUUAUGUUGCUAUCGGAAGCCACAGGAGAAUGGCAUCAAAAAGCCACAAGCGUGACCGUAUUAUUACGGUCAGUUCCCAAUACAACUGAAGUCUCUGGACUUUAAUAGCAAUGGGGCCAUUUGUGCAGGUUUUUCUGACCGUGCACAUACAAUUGCCCAACUUCGGUUUAAUCGUUUCCUGAUCGCUUCCAAAUCACUUACACACCACCCUAUGGUCCUGUCCUGAUUGUGCUUGCUUUACCUGCUUUUGUCAUGGAUGCAGAAUGUAGAUUUUUUCCUGUUACGUGCAUUUGACCUUCUGUUUAUAAAUGGUUUCAGGCUUCCAAUACUUUGACCAAGACAGUUAAAUGCCCAACACAACUCUUGAUAUCAAAAUGGAAUAUACACAGAAUUUUUGUUAUACCACACACCCACAGUAUAUUAAAUUGAGGGCAGACAUGUUUGCCUAGGAUGUGAGAUCCAGCUAGCUGUGAGGCUAUAUUGGUGAGGCUGUUUUGGCAAUCUGGUGAAAUGUUGACCAAACCUCUCCAUUGAACCCUUGUGUGUUUUAUAUCCCCUCCCCCUUCUGAGCUCAUAAUUAGCCCUUCGAAGAGCACGUUUUUUGUAAUGUUUUUUCCAACAUUCUAAGUGGUCUAGAUCUCCAUAGCUUUCAAUUACCAGUUGUGAUUGUUACAUGGGCAUUAGAAUGUUCAGUUUAGAACAUUCUAAUCACAUAUGUGAUCUUACACCUUAAAGGGUUAAUUGUCUUUGACGGAGUUAAUAUUGGCAUGUAUUUGGCAUCACUUGCAGGUUGUUGUUUUAAGACCUCAAUGAGAGAACUCAAUGAUACACUUAAAGGUAUUUUUUAAUGUGUUGUUUAUGUUGCCUUUAACACACUAGUACUGUUAAAUAGUGUUGAGCAUAAGCACAAUUACGGAAUAUGGCUUAUAGCUAUUAUUUAACGGAACAACAAGAACACUUAUUCUGUAUUGAUGCUACAGAAUUACCUUCACUUUUAUUUUUGUCUCAGUGGUUGCCAGCAAAGCCUUAAGAAGUUAAACCUUUAUUCUCUGGUAUUUAUUUAGCAAUUUUGUUCUACACUGAAUUUGUAUGACCAAAGGAGUGCAGGUAUUCAAUUGUAAUUUAACUUUUUUUCUGAUGAGGGUGCGGGGGCCUAUGGACCUGGCGUCCAUUUCAUUGAUUACCAGCCAUGCAGAUUUUUUGUUUGAAAUCGCUUUGAAGCACACUUCAAAAAUAUCUGCCUUAGAGGACAGUCACCAGAAAAGAUAUCAGAUACAAGGUUGCAGCUCCUCAAACCUAAUCAGCUGAGUGGAAUUUUGGUCAGAAACCAGCAUUAUUGUCAGCUUGGUAGCUUAGCAGCUGUAUUUAAUGAUUUCUAGGGCUCAACCCAUAACUUUUUAUCCUGAUAGCACCAGCAACAAAUUUGCAUACUUUUAAGAAGUCGUUGAUGCGAAGUGGUUGGUCAGUGUGUACAUGCAUUCAUUCAUAUUUUUUUUUUCUUCUGUAUUUUACUUUUAGUUGUAUUUUCUUUUUUUACCUGCUGAUUCUAACCCCCACAGUUGCAUUAAUGUCACAGUGGGUAUUGAUGCCAUACAAUAGAAUCUGUAAAUCUGAUUGUGGAAACUGUGUGAUACAAUUUCCCCAUGUAAAAAUGCCAAAAUGUCUUCUGGGGACUUGUUAUUGAGGGAUUAAGGCAUCCACCACAAGAUGGAGCAGUACACAUAAUUAACACUCUGAUAACCAGCACCCACAUCAGUAUUCCAGGACCAGGGUUGGGGGGUGGGCGGGGCGGCAGGGGGAACCUUUGCUGUAGGCUAACAAGAUGUCCACCUUACCAUUUGGGCCUCGUAAAGUUGUCCCAUGGUAGUGUCCAUACAGUGCGGCCUUGAUUGUGAAUGAAGCCAGUGCAAAUUAAGGGAUUGUUUGCAAUGGAUUUUCAAAAUUAUGAUCACCACACACACGCACACAAACACUUGGCUUACUAUGCAAUUUGUAUGUGUACCGCUCAGUGGUUUUGCAGUACAAUGGGAUCGGAAUAUGGUAUAUGCCCCUGACACCUAACUACAGCUUAUUGCCUGUUUUCAGUACAGUCACUGCAACUCCUGAAAUAUUGCCUGAGUGAAUAUGAUGAUUCAAAUGAUUUAAUGAACAAUAAACUGCAUUCAGAAAUCCUGUACUGCAUGUAAGAAGACAAUUAUCAUGUUUCAACUUUAUCUUGUUUUUUUCUGCAUUGGCAGAACUAAUAUGUAUUUAAAUAACAUCUACUGAGGGACAGUUUUAAUUGUUUUAUAUUUGGAUAAUUCAGGAAUUUUAAUACAUACUAUAUCGUAUGUAUAAAUAUGAUUGAUUUCUCGCGGUCUUUUGUCAAAUAUACAUUACCAGCUUUAAGUAAAUAGGCAUGUCAUACUAGAAACAUGUCAAUAGUGAGACUAGCAUAUGGGAAUUAUACAUUUUAAGAAUCCAACACUACUGUUUGAAAGACACUGCAGCUUUGUAUUUUAAGUCACCGUAUAGCAGCCUUUUGAAGUCAUUUGUGGGUAAUGCUCAUGGCUUGCACAAUCAUAUGUUCAAAAUAUGACUUCUGUUACCAGGUGUAAAGGUUAAAACAUUUUCCCAUUAAACUGCAAUGUUUGGUUUCUACAUACCCUCCGGUAGCAUGCAGUCUUGCUCAUUCCUGAAUAACUGAAUUUGAAAGCUUUUUUCCCCGAUCUGCAUUUUUCAUUGCUUAAUGUUUUUUUUUUUUUAACUUAUGUUAGUGAGCAUUUAUCCCAGUUAAUGCAAAACGUAUACGGUGUCAUGACCUGAAAAGAAACUGUUUGUGUAAAAUUUGGGAUGUUGAAAAAUCACAGUGCUAAUUUUGUUGAGAUCUAUACGAGAAUGGAGGCACACUGGCAAUGUAUGUAAACAGACCUUUCACAUUUUCUUGGUUGUAGGCUACUAACCUAUACCACGUUUUUUUUUUUUUUUGACGAGAGUUGUAAAUACGUUGUGUUAUGAGGUGGAAUUAAAGAUACUUUAAUCAACUGCAGGAAUUUUGCGGUACGACAAGGAAUGCUGUUUGUAAGGAAAUAAAAGUUAUGUUUGAACACUUUGACAUUUGA